CCCAUAGUUCCACCGCCCGAACGGAGCGUACUGUUGAAAGUGCACAGAUCUGUGUUUUGGUUUAUGUUCUGAACAGAUAGAAAGAGUUAGCUUUGACAGUCGUAUGACUUUCCUUUAUUAUUUAUUCGUUCUGCAGAAGCUUUUGACACAUCGCCAGAUAUUAUAAAACCACAAGCAGCUCGUUUUCGUGCUCGCGAAGGGUGAGUGCAUGUAAGUGGACAUUUAGCUUGUGAGCUAACGUCAGCAGCAUCAGGUUGACCCAUGUCCUGUGAGGAUUCAUUCAGCUCCGCGCUCUUGGACAGGAUUUCCUUUAACUUCUGGUGGCUGCUUCUGCCUUUCGUUAUGAUUCUGGUUGUGGCUGCUUUCAUAGUGGCCUUCGUGCUGCUCCUGUACAUGAUAUCCCCAUUAAUAAGUCCCAAACCUCUCAAACUCAACGGGGCCCAUGUAGUGGUGACUGGAGGCAGUAGUGGGAUUGGGAAAUGUAUUGCAAUGGAAUGCUACAGACAAGGUGCCUUCAUUACGCUGGUUGCUCGAGAUGAGCACAAAUUGGUUCAGGCGAAGAAAGAAGUAGAGAAAUGUGCCAUAAACGAUAAGCAAGUGGUGCUAUGCAUUUCAGUUGAUGUGUCAAAGGACUACAGUCAAGUAGAGAGCGUCAUAAAGCAGGCUCAGGAGAAGCUGGGUCCUGUGGACAUGCUGGUGAACUGUGCAGGGACAGCUAUAUCGGGGAAGUUUGAUGAAGUGGAAGUAGACCGUUUCAAGAGACUUAUGGAGGUGAACUAUCUGGGCAGCGUUUACCCCACGCGGGCAGUGAUCACCACCAUGAAAGAAAGACGGAUGGGUCGCAUCAUGUUUGUGUCAUCACAAGCAGGGCAGAUCGGCCUUUUUGGCUACACAACUUACUCGCCAUCCAAAUUUGCUCUGCGUGGUCUGGCCGAGGCCUUGCAGAUGGAGAUGAAGCCCUAUAAUAUCUAUGUUACUGUGGCGUACCCUCCAGACACGGACACACCGGGUUUUGCAGAGGAGAAUAAGUCUAAGCCUCUGGAGACCAGGUUAAUUUCAGAAACUUCUGGAGUUUAUCAGCCUGAUCAAGUGGCGAAAGUUGUGGUGAAGGACGCUGUGCAGGGAAACUUUACCAGCUCAGUUGGUCCUGAUGGCUACAUGCUGUCAGCACUCACCUGUGGAAUGUCACCUGUCACCUCCAUCACUGAGGGGCUGCAGCAGAUUGUGACCAUGGGGCUGUUCCGCACCAUUGCUCUCUUCUACCUGGGCAGCUUUGACAGCAUCGUCCGCCGCUGCAUGAUCCAGAGAGAACAGUCCAAAGCAUCUGACAAGAGAGAGUAGCACCAGCAUUACCAUACUGUCCACACUGACCACCACAUUCACCCAAACCCCAUCACUCAGCCUGGUAGACACGCUCGAUAUGUAGAGGAGAGGUCUUUGUUCAGAAAAUGCUGAGGUUUAUGUGUUUCGUGCUACAGAUUUAUUCAGUAGAAGUGUAAUAAUAGUCCAGUCAACAUAGCUCAUAACUCUUGCAGGAGUCAUUCCAGGUUUAGUGAACAUUCAGAGCAUGCUGCCUCAAUUUUUCAACUGAGCUCUUUUGUUUUUAAAGCUAUUUGCAUUUUUAUUACUAGUCUUUGGCUCUCCAGCCUGAAUAGCCACUGUCUUUAGUGAAUUCACUAAGUUUCAGAUGUGUUGUUCCUUUAAGUGGGCCUCAGUCCUUGCAUGCAUUCUUGCCUUCUGAGUUCCUGUUCUAACCGGUUGGUGUACUUCUUCAAUACUAUUCCAAGUCAACUUUUAUUCCUACAUAAAUGUGAUGCUUAAUCUUUAUGGCAACAUUAUAGUGGUCAAGGGCAUUUAACCUUUAUUUAAAAGCUUCACGCCUGUUCCGUGAUGUUCUUUUAUGUACUUAGUCGAGCACUGUCCUCCAUCUUCAUUAUUUUAAGGUAAAGACACGGUAUUUUUGUUUUUGGAAGAAACAGCCUGAGUCUGCCACUCUGCCUUAUCCUCUUUGCUCUGUGUGGGGGAUACUGAAGGAAAUGUUUACCUUAUUAUUGUGCGUGUAUGUUUAUGUCUAUAUGUGUCUGCUAGUACGCAUGCGUUUAGGUGACCUCAGGGGCUACUAAGUGUUCACUGAAUUUGUAAGAUGGAUCAGGAUAAGCCAUCGAGGUGGUGGCUCGCUGGUCGAGUCACGGCACCUUUUAGCCAGCAGGUGGAGCUGGAGAUCCAGAUGUGACCAGAGCAAAAAUAGAAAUGACAAAGUGCUGAUCUGGAAUCAGCCUGAAUAAUGUGUGUUUAUGCCCACAACCCAAGAACUGAGUUGAAUAUAACUGUAGUAUUAAAGUAAAAUAGUCAGAGUUGUUUAGUGUUCACACAGAAAUACUGUAGAUGUCGUAAGCUUCACCUGACAAGCAAUACAAUCUCCUCACGUACCGCUCUGUCAACGUAAAAUGGAUCGUUCCAGCAUUUAAACUGUUUUCUGGUUACAGCGUUCCAAACGCACACCUUGUUCUCGCUCCACCUGUGCUUUGUCAUAUCUUACUAUCGACACACUAGCUAGAAACGUACAAUGUUGUGAUAUUUGCCUUCCUCACAAAUCAUUCAUAUACUGUAUGUAUGCACAAAAUAAGGUCACAAUUCUGUCAUUUACUCACCGUCAUGUUUCAAACUCAUGACUUUAAACCAUGCGUUCCUUCCUCAAAUGAAAGUAAAUUGAAAUGGAUGCUGUUGAAACUAAAGAAGUAUGACUUAUACUGACUUGAAACUCAAGCCCAGUCAAUCUACUUUCAUUGUAUGGAAAAGAGCUUCAUGACGUACGCUUUGUGACUGUAGGGUUAAAAUGACCUGAGGUUUUUUUUAUGUUUGGACAAAGUAUUAUUUUACUUUUUUUUAUGCUGCUCUUUUUACCCUAGAAAAAACGGCCAAUGCAGUCAGGCACUACAGUCAUUUCAAGCCUUGAGAGAUACAAACAGAGACCACUAUAAAAGCUAUAAGGGUGGAUAUGUCCACAUCCAGCUAUGGCUUAGAUUGUGUAAGGUUUACGUAUAUUUGUUUUGACUGAACAGGUUUAUGAAAAAUAACAUCUUUUUUGCUUGUUUAUUGUUUGCUGUGAAUGUUAAGUUUUACAAAAGACCCAAAUAUGAACGUGAGAAUGCAUGAGUCAACCCGAUGAUGUUCUCAUUUGAUAUUGGCUCAAGCACCUAGUAGCUGCAAGUUAGGUGCUGAUGUGUCGGACUUCAGUCAUGGCCUCUUCCAUAACAUGUAGUCAGUUGUUAAGUAGUUAAGAAGCUUACAGUAGAGAAAUUGUUUUAAACUCCUUAAAGCUAUGCAAAUCAAGCCUGUGCUCACACUUCAUUCAAACACAUAAGAUGAUACUUGCAUUUCUUUUAUCGUUGACUUUUGAUCCAUGUUGAUAUAUUUCUGAGGAUAUGAUAUAGUUUAUGAGUAGCUCAUAAAAGGAAAACCAUUCCGCUUCUAUGUUUUGUAGUUCUUUUGUUGCCAAACUUGCAUAAAUUUCACCUUGUGUGCCAUGGGAGAAAAGAGGAUGUUGUUGCUUUGUCUUAUUUUCUUACAUGAUGAAAUAAAUAACUUUUGAAAGUU